UUUUUCUUUGAUUUUGUAACUGAUUUUAUUCAUCCUUAUAUUGAGCAAACAUCUAGUCCAUUCGGCGAAGGAGAAAAAUGGCAGCAGAAGGAGUGAGCCUGAACCAUAUAUCACGAGAAUCCACCGAUAUCAAACGUCUCGCCCAAUUCUACAAAGAGGUUUUUGGAUUCGAGGAAGUGGAGAGCCCUGUGUUCGGAGAGUUCAAGGUUGUGUGGCUGCGCCUUCCUUCCUCUCUUCUCUAUCUCCACGUCAUCGAGCGGAACCCAAACAACAACCUCCCUGAAGGUCCAUGGAGUGCCACCGCACCCGUUGUUGACCCCUCCCAUCUCCCUAGAGGCCACCAUCUCUGCUUCUCUGUUUCCAAUCUUCAAUCCUUACUUCAAACUCUCAAGGACAAGGGUGUUGAGACUUUUGAGAAAUCACUGCCUAAUGGGAAGAUCAAACAAGUUUUCUUUUUUGACCCUGAUGGUAAUGGUUUGGAGGUUGCAAGUAAGGAAGACUAGCUCAUCAUAGUUUGAUCUGCAUAUGUUAUGUAUAGCUAUAGUAAUGUACCUUGUCAUGUAAGAACACUGAAUAACAUUUACAAAAAUGAUACCUCUACAUGUAGUUGUGCAUUGCAUGACCAUCAACCCAGACAAUUCGUAUUCCUUCUUGUUUGUUCCUUGAUUAGUCAUGUUUUCCUUCCCUUGUUAA